AUGAAAGAUUGGUUACAAAACCCAACAGAACGUGAUAAAUAUUUUAUAGAAAGCAAAUCAGAAAGUUGUGGUGCAUUUUUCACCGACAAGUCACUACAAGUAUUUGGAAAAUAUUCUAAUGAAAUGCCAAUAAUGGAAUUUGGUUGUAAAAGUUCCAAAUAUACAACCACAGGUUUUAUAGGUCAAAAUCAACCAGAUUUUGCCUUAUUUAUAAGAAACAUUUGUGCUGUUUGUGGAGAAGAGAAAGGAGAAGUUGAAAAAGGAGAUCCUGCUAGGGAAUUGGUUGACAAAUUCAAUAAUUGGGAUUAUGGAGACAUUCCAUAUCUUUUUGGAUACUAUGCCAAUGCUACUGCUGUUACCUUUUGUGUCCUGUAUAUUAGUGAAAAAAAUCCCAUUAAUAUUAACAGUCAAAAGAUAAAGCAUCCAGAUAUUUGUAGUGAGAAACUUGCAGAAUUUGAUUUAAAUAGAUUAACACAGAUUCAAGCUAAUGAAUUUAAUUAA